UUUUGUAUUAUUUAUUUCCCACUGCUAUAGUCUGAUCUGGAUUUCGUCCCCUACUCUAAGCCAAUGAUUCAUUGGGAUUGAGGCGUACUGAGGCCACCUCCUCCGGGUCCUCGGUCGCGAUGGAGGCCUGAGCGUCGAUGUUCGCCGGCCGCAGCCUGAGGUUCCUGGGGCGGACGCGGCGCUGUGGCCUCGGCCUUGCCGCAGGCCAUGUUCCCGGCACCGCGCUCCGCUCCCCCGCCAACCCGCUCCGCUUCGCGAGCGAGAGCGGCGCCAAGCCGCCGGACACGUCACUGUUCGUACCUCUGCCGGCCAGGUUCAGAGCAGGGCCCGAGGGCAACGUGGGAGCGGAGCUGAGCCAGAGCCUGAAUAAGAAUGAGGCUCUCAAGGUCUUGAAUAAAUUUUACAAAAGAAAGGAGAUGCAGCGAUUGGGAAAUGAGAAUGGCCUGGAUGCUCGCCUUUUCCACCAGGCCUUCAUUAGUUUUCGGAAGUAUGUGAUGGAAGUUGAUUCCUUGAGUGUGGAUUUGCAUAUUAUUCUUAAUGAUAUCUGCUGUGGUGCAGGUCAUGUUGAUGAUCUCUUUCCAUAUUUCAUGAGACAUGCCAAACAGAUUUUCCCAAUGUUGGACUGUAUGGAGGAUCUGCGUAAAAUUAGUGAUCUGCGAUUACCAGCCAAUUGGUAUCCAGAGGCCAGAGCAAUCCAGAGAAAAAUCAUUUUUCAUGCUGGGCCGACAAAUAGUGGAAAAACACACAAGGCCAUCCAGAGCUUCUUAGCAGCCAAAUCAGGAGUUUAUUGUGGUCCUUUGAAACUGCUUGCACAUGAAAUCUUUCAAAAGAGCAAUGAUGCUGGCGUGCCAUGCGACUUGGUGACUGGGGAAGAGCGUACUUUUGCUGAUCCAGAAGGGAAACAGUCGAGUCAUGUCGCCUGUACCAUUGAAAUGUGCAGCGUAACAAUGCCAUAUGAAAUUGCUGUAAUUGAUGAAAUCCAGAUGAUCAGAGAUCCUUCCAGAGGUUGGGCGUGGACUAGGGCACUAUUAGGACUUUGUGCAGAAGAAAUCCAUAUCUGUGGAGAAGCUGCAGCAAUUAACUUAGUGAUGGAGCUGAUGUAUGAUACAGGAGAAGAGGUAGAAGUUGAAACUUACGAACGACUGACUCCCUUGACUGUUUUGGACUCUGCUCUGGAGUCUCUUGAUAACCUCCGCCCUGGUGACUGCAUCGUGUGCUUCAGUAAAACUGACAUCUACGCUCUGAGUCGUCAGAUUGAGGCUCGAGGACUGGAAUGUGCGGUAAUCUAUGGGAGCCUUCCACCAGGAACAAAGUUGGCUCAAGCAAAGAAAUUUAAUGAUCCAGAUGAUCCCUGUAAGAUCAUGGUUGCUACCGAUGCCAUUGGAAUGGGCUUGAACUUGAGUAUAAAACGGAUUAUUUUCAAUUCCCUCAUGAAGCCAAGUAUAAAUGAAAAGGGAGAGAAGGAGAUGGACAGGAUAACCACCUCCCAGGCUUUGCAGAUUGCUGGAAGAGCUGGCAGGUUUUCCACAGCGUUUAAAGAGGGAGAAGUUACCACAAUGAAUCGCGAUGACCUUCCUGUGCUAAAAGAGAUUCUGAAUCGGCCUGUUGAUUCCAUUGAGAUAGCCGGGUUGCACCCCACCGCAGAUCAGAUUGAGAUGUUUGCAUAUCAGCUCCCAGAGGCCACCCUAUCAAAUCUGAUUGAUAUAUUUGUGAACCUCUCCCAGGUGGAUGGACUCUAUUUUGUGUGCAAUAUUGAUGACUUCAAGUUCCUGGCUGAUAUGAUUCAACACAUUCCACUGAAUCUCCGUGUGCGAUACGUUUUCUGUACUGCACCAAUCAACAAGAGGCAGCCCUUUGUCUGCACCUCUUUCCUGAAGUUUGCGCGACAGUUCAGUAGGAAUGAGCCGCUAACAUUUGACUGGUUGUGCCGGCACAUUCACUGGCCAUUGACACCGCCACAGAAUAUCAAAGACCUCGUACAUCUGGAGGCAGUGCACGAUGUGUUGGAUCUCUAUCUUUGGUUAAGUUAUCGGUUCAUGGAUAUGUUCCCAGAUGUGAAUUUUGUCCGGGAUAUUCAGGCUGAACUGGACACUAUCAUACAGAUUGGAGUAAAGAACAUCACCCGUCUGAUCCGUGCAUCUGAUUCAGAUUCUAUUACUGCUGCUGUGGGACCCGAUGGUUCUAAUCAUGGAGGAGUACGGGAAAAACGUAGGAUAAAUAUGGAUAAUGUCAAUAUAUCCCGGCGGCUACGGGGGUCCAAAGCACUAGGCUACAGACCAGUGACUUCUGAAACAGAUGCACCUGUGCGAGCUGGUGACUCCUUGAGUGCAAGGCUGGUCCAGGAAGGACACCUUACAGCUGAAUUACUGCAGCAGCUUCGAGAGGAAUGGUUAGCAAGUCACGAUCUCCAAGGUCGUAGAGACACUGCUGUGCAAGCUGUGAGUAAAGCAACUUACAAAGGAUCGAGGAAGAAGAAGAAAUAAAUUCAGUAUAUUUAUUUGACUGAAGUUUUUUGCUACCAGUAUAAUCAAUAAAGAAGUGAUUGGACUAUAUGUAAAUUGCCAGAUUUAUCAGUUUGAUAUCUUUGGCAACAGUAUAGAAGUCAUAGUAAAUAUAUAUAUUUUAUAUAAGAGCCUUGACUUUUUCAAUACUGAAACAUGAAAAUUCACAGUAGAUUAAUGAUAGUGGUUUGCAAAAGAAGUACCAGGCAUCCCAUCAGACCAGAACUGGAUUCACAGCAGAAACCUGCGUUUUUUUUAAAAGGACAGAGCAACAGAGAUGUGGAGUGAAGAAAUUGCAGAGCUGAGGCCCAGGCAACUGAACAUGCAACAGCAGUAAUGGAACCUAGGAAGUGGUAAAUGUAGUGAGAGAGGUCUUUCAGGGCUAUGGGACCAGAUGAAGUUACUGUAGUGGGACGGGAAGAAGCAAUAGCAGGGUUUGAACAGAAGAAAUAGUAUUUUCAAAUUGGUGUAUAUCACGAGAUUAAGCAAUAAGUAGUCAAUUCACAUUGAGGGGAUAGAUGAUCAACAUUUUAUAGAACUUGCAGUCCGAGAAGCAGAGAUAGGUGCCCUUAAGUUUUUUAAGGUUGGAAGAUGGGAAAUCGUUCAAAACAUGAUGGAAUGAAUUUUUUAAAAAGUCCUGGAUGAGGCUUUCCGCAGCUUUGCACAAACAAAAGCCUCUGAACUCAUGUGAAGUCACUUUUCAUUUUAAAUAAUAAUCUGCUGUUUGAUUCCUCUUAUCAGUGGAUGACCUUGCAUUUUCAUAGUUGGACAAACUUCAUACAGGAAGUGUUGGAGGUUUGGAUGGAACAUGUCAACUUAAGAAUCACUGCGUGUUUGGAGAGAAAAAAGGCUUUUAUUUGAAAAUUGAAUUAGUACUGAUAAAAACGAUGUGGAGUAACCUCGAUCUCUUUAUUGACAGGGCCUCCUGUGCCAUAGAACCAAUAUAUGGGCUUGUUUUUUUUUAUCUAUUUACAAAAUAAGGUAUUGUCAGAGUGCUUAAAU